AUGAAAGCUGCGUAUUUUAUCUGUGGACUAUUCGUCCUUCUAAACUUGGCCUCUAGUGAUGAGCGCAACUUCCGAUUUUACUUCGCUGAUUUUGCGGUUACAUAUAGGGUGACGGACAUUUUUGAAAAGGUCCCGGAAUGUCAUCUGGAUCAAUUAAAUAAUCGGAGUUACGUUAACAUCGAAAUGAGGCUUAAUCGAAAUGUUGCAGACGUAGGUGUUCGUGCUGUUAUGGAUUUUUGGAAGCCAAACACUCAGAAAAAAAUGAGAUUGUACGAUAUUCGUGUGGAUGCAUGUGCCUUGCUGAAAACUUUUCACAAAAACAAACUUUUAAACACCUACGUGAAGAGCUUAAAAAAACAUACUAAUGUCAAUUUGAUGUGUCCAUUUAAAGCGAACUUUACGUACAAGUUGGUAGAUUGGUUUUUAGAUGAGCAGGAUUUUCCACCGUAUGUACCCUUAGGUAAAUUUCGUACAAAUACGGAAUAUUUCACCCAAGAGCGAUUGGUAACACGUAUUGUUGCACAUGGCGAGAUUUUGUCCAAAAAAUAA